GCCGAGGGCCCAGCGUGUCCCAAGUCCUCUUCACCGAUCGCACUUCAGUCAGUUUUGAAUUUGCCUCGCCACGACCAAGAUGCAAGCCAAGCGCACUGGUGGUAUGGAGCUCCAAGAGCGCGUCUCGUACGUCUCGGCGACACAAGACAAGCCAGCGGGCGAAGACUACGACGAUGGCAAGACGCCGGUCGACCUUGAAGAUGGCGCUCUCCGCGCCGGUGGCGCGCCCGACUACUUGAGCCGCGAAGUGCUCGGUCUGCUUGCCCAAUACGUGUGCGUCGGCCUCGUCUACGGCUGCCUGCCCAACAUUCUCUACCCCGUCUUCACCGGCUACUACCACAUGACCGGCGCGCAGUACAACUCGGCCAAGACCCUCGUCAACAUUGGCUGGUCGCUCAAGGCCUUCAUCGGCAUGAUCUCGGACUGCGUGCCCAUCAAGGGCUACCGCCGCAAGUCGUGGAUGAUGAUCGGCUGGACGUGCUGCCUCUGCUUCCUCCUGGUUCUCUCGUGCAUGGACCUCGGCGAGCCGUACUACCCGGUGGACGCCGUCGGCCUCAAGGACCCGAUCGACCGCACGGCGGCCGACAAUGCGACGAUCAACUACAACGCCAAGGACAAGGGCGGUGUUGUCGCCAUCCUCUUUGGCCUCGCGACGAUCUCGUACCUCUUUGCUGAUGUCCCGGCGGACGCUUUGCUCGCCGGUAUUGGCAACGAAGGUAUCGUGUACGGUCUCCUCACGACGGUCUCGAACCUGCCGUCGGCUGUCGGUCCCGUCCUCUCGAACCGUAUCUACUCCAACUUUGACGUCAACGAGGACGCGAUCAUCUCGGACACCAAGCACGUGCGCAACCAGGUCGCGUACACGUACCUCAUCUACUACGCGGGCUUCCUCAUCGCCUGCUGCACGUCCUUCUUCCUCCCAAAGCAAAAGCUCCAGCUCCACGAGCUCCAGCGCACGGGCGGUCAAUUCCCGCUCAUCGGCGGCUUCGUCCUCGUCUUCUGCUUCUGCAUGCUCGUCUACUCGAUCACGUGCAGCAUCCUCUCCAUGUUCGAGUCGACGUCGUGCUUGCUCAUUGCUGGUGGUAGCGGCUGCUAAUACGAAACCUCAAUACAUAUGUUUGUGCCGUCCCAAACACA